GUGCAUUUUAGCGUUGCGGGUCUGUGCUCUCAUUUGAGCAUUGGAGAGUUGAUAUUCCUGAGACAGUCCCUUUUUCCGAGCAUUAUAAUGCCAACUCAGAUCACUACGGGGCCUUUGACUAACAAGAUUCAGAAAAUUGUCGCAUCCGACCUUGACACUGAUAAGGAACUCUUGGAGAGCCUGUUUGCGGUUUCUCACGUGAUUCCUGCUAAUUCCAUUCGUUAUCGCAGAAAUCUGCGGUCUGAAUUGGAGGAACAGCUGUUAAAGCUGUAUGAAUCUCUUCUGGAAGAGCUAGAAAAUGUCAAAAAUGAUGUCGGUGCCAUGAAUUCUCAUGUUGAAUGCAUGUUAAGCUCAUGCCGCACCAUUAACGAUGAGCUUUCGGAAAUGAAGGAAAAAACGAACUCAUUUAUGACAAAGGCGUCUAAUUUACAAAGAGAAAAUGCAAAGAGUGACCUGAAGGUCAACAUUUUAGAGUGUCUUUCUCACAAUUUUCAACUGCCUCCUCCCGAAAAAGAACUAUUGUGUUCUAAAGAUACUGCAAUAAAUUCAGCUUUUUUUGCUGCGCUCCAUCAUGCUCGUUCGAUUGAACGAAGCUGCAGAGACCUGAUGCACUCAAGCGAACACAAUUUCGGCAUGAGCAUGUUGGACGUAAUACACGGGACGCUUGAAGAAGCGUAUCAGCAUUUGUAUCUGUGGACACAAAGCAAGUUUCUUCGGUCUUGUUUAUUUUUCUUAGACGAAUGUCGAACUAAAACACAAAGUACCACGGAAGUUUCCCUCAACCUGCGGGACUCUAUUCAUGAACUUCAGGACAGACCAGUACUAUUAAAAUACGCACUUGAUGAGUACGCCGGAGCUAGGCGCGCCGCUUCAGUCAAGUCGUUUAUCGAUGCUCUUACGCUUGGUGCUGACGCCGUCUCUUCUCACAAUGGCCAUCAUUCUAGACCAAUUGAUUUGCAUUCACACGAUCCAUUGCGAUACACUAGUGAUAUGCUCGCCUGGAUUCACCAACUGACUGCUUCGGAAAACGAGUAUCUCAAUAGCUUGACCCGCUCGUUAAACGAAUCAGUUAUCGCUGAUCUGCGCGUUCUUUAUUUGGAUAAAAUCACCGAAGGGCUAUGUUCUCUUUUCAAAGCUCGAAUGGAGCAGUUGAUGACUUCCCUGCAAGACGUUGUAUUACUAUAUCGAGUCAAUAACAUUCUACGCUUUUACGAACACACCUUGCAGUAA